AUGGAAGUGCGUGCCCGGCUGUCGGAAACCUACGACACCAAGAAGUGCAAGCCGCUGCCUAUCACCGAAGAAGACGGCGGUGUAGUCGAGCCCUGGAGCGCAAGCCGCGUCAAAGAGAACGAGAGCAGCUGCGAGAAAAGAUGUGAACAGAACGUCGCAUGGCAGGAAGAUAGAAGGACCAAGUUUGCCAAGAUGGCUGUCAUGAUCGCCACCUACGGCAUCCCUGUCAUCUCCAGGAGCGACUGGCGCGCGCUGCUGGGCUGCGGCCUGGUGCCAUUGAGCGCCUUUGCGCUGCACUGGCCGCCCGCUUGCUGCUGGGCCUUCCUCACCGCGCUCUUUGAGGCGUUGCAGUUCCUGAGCUCGCGGACCCUGGCGGACGCCCUGCUCAAGUGGGGCACCCAGGAGCAAUCCGCUGCGGCGCUGCUGGCGGCCCUCCUGUUGAAGGGCACCUGCAUCCUUUGCAUCAUGCACUGCCAGCAGAUGGGCUUCCAGGCCGAGUUGUCGCGGUUUGUGGGGAUCUUCAUGGUGGCUACGAACCUGCUGACGGUGGUGUUGAGCCUUGCCUUCUUUGGUGACCAGGUGGAGGCGUCCUGGUCGUUUCUGAGCUCCGCGACCUCUACGCUGGUGGGCAUUUGGCUGCUGAACUGCCCUCUGACUUUGAAGAGGGACUCGGAGAGGGGCCCGGACACGCCGGAGUGA